ACUGUAGUUUGCCAUCCUACCUACUUUCAAUUCCUUUUUGCAGUUUUCUGUCUAGCCAUUUAUAUCUCAUCACAGCAUAUAUCCAAUUCCUUCAUUAUGAGAUUGUUAUAAUUUACCACUCGCUGGAUAAUCGCAUUUGUUAUUGUUGUUUUUGGAAUAGGCGAGGGCUCACUUAUUCAUUAUGAAUCGAUGACUUGCUAACAUUCAUGUGCCCGAUAGUCUGUUGCGCCAGAAAUUAGAGUAAAUCGGAGAUUGUAGGGUUGAAUUUGUCCAAGGUCUCCGUGACAACAAGGCUAUAGCACUCUCCGAUCGUUCCUCUAAAUUCCACGGCUGGUUCUCAAAAACCCACAAGAGAAACCUAGAUCUAAAAGGCUAGGGCCCGCGUGCCAUGAAGGCCACUUAUGAUACUUCCAAUAGUAUAGGGGAAAGAGGUUGCAUCGCCAUGGAAAAAUGCCACAUGUGUUCCAAAACCACAUUCCAGAUCGAGUCUCCAACCAAAGAUUGUGAUAGAAGACUGAAAAAAUGCUUUGCAUUCAUGAAAAAGCGUGCUAAUAGCAAGCAUGUGAGCGACGACGAGCGUGUGAACGAUCGUGGAUAUGAAUUGCUCACAAAAAUCCCCUCCUGCCUUCAUCUACAACGUUCCCACAAGAAGCUCACCACAGAUUAUUUAUUUGAAGUUCGGGUCGCAGAGGGUGGCGAUGGAAAUGGCGAAACAGAACGAACCUCAGAAUUCUGGAAACCCAAGAAUUGGGACCCAGAGAAGGAUAAUGCGGACUUCUGGUUACGUAUGAAGAUGCCUUGGAUGAUCAGUGAGCCUUUCGAAACCCUUAUGGGACAUGUUUCAUGUCCACUGGAAGGACUCGAGAAAUGCAACGAUGAGUGUCGUAUGCAGGAAAAUUCGAAAAACUUCAAACUUGUUAAGAAUGCCCAAAUGAUGGUUAUUUCCAUGAACUGCAAGUGUACGAGGAACAAUCCACGGUCUCAGAGGUGGCAUGUGCGUUUGUAUAAACGUAAAUCAAAACGUUCAAUACGGGAGGACGAAGAGAAAGAAUUUUUAAAAAGACAUGAUGAGAUGCGAGAGAAUCCGGAGCAGAAUAAGACAAGUCCGAAUGAAGAAAAGCUUCCGACGAUUGAAGAAGAAACAGAAGAAGUCAUUGAUGAAGAAACAGAAGAAGUCAUUGAGAGCAAUGAAGGAGAACCGAGAAAUGAUAAUUCUUUUGUAGACAACAACAUCCCGCCCCACAAUACAGGAGCAAACGAUUCAACGAUUCAGGAAAAUACAGUGAGAUUGAACUAUGGCAAUCCUCAACCUCUCGGAGACCAAAACAUUUCAGCAACUGCUUUUGUAGCUGGUCGAGACAUUGGUUCAGAAGAAGUUGAUGAUGGAAUUAGUCCAUGGAAGAGCACCCAGCCUCAAAGAAGAAAGAACAUCAAUAACAGAAUUUGGUACUCAUAGAGAAAAACAAUGAGACGGCAUAAAGUAGAAUUGAAUAAUAGCGAGAUUGAAUGUAUUUAGCCUUAGCCUUAGACAAGACAAGACACAGCACAGCACAGCACAGCACAGCAUUUUUCAUGAUUUAAUACAUGUUCCUUUUUGAUAAUUUGCCGAUUGCGGUAAUCUUUGCGUAACAGUUGAUUUAGUUAGUUCUCUGGUACAUAUAUCGUGCAUUGAUUACGAGACAGCCGUAACUGAAGUUUGUGCAGUGUUAUAUGUACGAAUGGCUUUCUUGUACCUGCCCCUGUUUGGUGGCUGCUAAUAUUCGCGCAUAUCGUGGAAGUGAAGUAGAAGAUUAAAAUAAAAUUCUAAGAUGUUUUCCUGAAGAAUCCCUUGAUUUUAAGACAUGAACCGAGGUAUUAUUGAUACAACAAGGUUUAUAAAUAUCCCAUUUCAGUAUAUUUAUGCAUCAUCAUCGUGUUUAGGUAGCAUCGUUGAUUCAUUCAUCGGCCUCGCCUGAUAUCCAAUAAUGCGUCUACCGAAAUCACAAAGGGAUCUUGUCAUAGGCGACUCUCUACAAGCUUCAAUGACAACCCUUUGGACCCCCUUCUCAUAUCCAACUAGGGUACUAACAGCAAGCUCCCCCACGAACCAUCCCACUUUUCCGAGUUCUCCAGACCCUUAGAGUUUAUAUGAAGCGAACAAACUUCGUCGCACAAGUGGAUUUCUAUUCACUGUUAUAUCUUUGGUCCGGGCACUUGUGAAUAUGUUACCACGAUUCCUUUGUGGGCGUUAAGCGGUGAAGUUAUUGAGGUGGAGCUACUGGUGUGAAAUCAUCGAGGUGAAGUCAUUGGUGUGAAGUCAUUGGUGUGAAGUCAUUGAGGUGAAGUCAUUGAGGUGAAGUCAUUGAGGUGAAGUCA